AUGAAACAAUUUUCUAAAUUAGAAAAAGAUUAUUUUGAUGCUUAUGUAUAUGAUACAAUAUGGAGUUUAGCAUAUCUUUAUCAAUCACAUUUAUUAAGUAAUCAAUCAAUUAUUGGAAUAUUUAAAAAUGUUCUUGAAAAUAUUGAUUUUAUUGGCGAUACUGGAAGAAUCAGGUAUUUAAAUGGUGGACGAAUAGGUGAAGUACUUGUUGAACAAUUUGUUGCUUGUCGAAUGAUGAAAGAUAAAACAUGUAGAAUUCCAUGUUAUGAAGAAGAAGAUGAUUGUCAUUUAACUGUUGUAAAAAUUUUUCUUGCCAAAUAUUUAGAAUCAAAAGAUGAUUCACCAAUUUUAUAUAAACUUAAUCCAAUUAUGUGGCAUGGAAAUGGUCCACCACGAGAUCGAACAAAUCAAACAAUUCAAUUUGAACAUAUUUAUUUGUCAGUAUUUAUAUCAAUAUCAAUAUGUAGUGGAAUUGGAUUGUUUAUAUCAUGUACUUUUCUUGCUUUUAAUAUUCAUUUUCGAUCACAUAGAUAUAUUCGUAUGUCAAGUCCAACAUUAAAUAAUAUUAUUUUAGGCUGUUGCGUGUUAGCUUAUAUUAAUAUGAUAUUAACCCUUUGGCCGCCGCCGCCAUUUAUAAACGUCAUGGACUUUAUCAGUGUCUAA